AUGCUGGCGGGGCAGCUCGCCGAACUCCCCAACUUUUGCCACGGCUCAACCCUCGACAUAAAUACUUACACAAGCUCGCUUGAUUCCAUCCAGCAACACUUCAAUCCUGUCAAUUUUUUUUUUGAAAAGAAAAACAGACUACUCAAACCCACUCUCAAAAUGUGCAAAAAGGCAGCCUGCGACACUUGCAAAAAGUCGACCUGGUGGGGCUGCGGCUCCCACGUCCCCAUGGUCAUGGACACCAUUCCCGAGGAGGAGCGCUGCGCCUGCGAGCCCAAGGUCGAGCGCGAUGGCAAGCAGUAUCCGCCCAUGGCCAAGUCGCCCUCUUGA